CAAAUAUCGAGGACGUUUAACAGCAUGAACAAAUUGGGAGAAUUUUUUUUUUGCAAUUUUGAGUUUAACGGGUUGAUUUUACGUAGUCUUUAGUCUCAUUUUGGACGCAUAGUGACGUAUUUCUCGAGGACAUCUUGGUAAAUAACCAAAGCUCUCAGUAUAUGUUGACAGAAACAUUCUCAGAGAGAUUCUCUCGGGCUGCUAACGUUAGCUAGCUAAAGUUAUUAAUGUUAGCUGUUAGCUAGAUAAAGCAAAGUAUACGUAUUUAUAAAAUGGGGGCCACCUCUCCCUCUCCUGUCCCUGAGAGGGCCAUUUACGGCUUUGUCCUUUUCCUCGGCUCCCAGUUCGGCUUCUUUCUGUUUUGCCUGUGGGCGUACAUACCAGAGGAGUGGCUUCAUUCAAUAGGGCUCACUUACUGGCCUCAAAAAUAUUGGGCCCUCGCUGUUCCAAUCUAUCUGCUGGUUGCAAUAGUGAUCACAGCGGUAUUGCUGUUUGGAGUGAACAUGAACAACACAGCUCCACUUGACUCCAUUGACAUCAUCACAGAUGUGUACGCUCAAGGCCAGAGGACAACAGACUGCCACAAGGGAGGAAUACCCAGACUGAAAGAUGUUUCCAUCAGUGAAGUCAACAAAAUGUUCUAUUUGUCGCCCGAGCUAUAACAAACAGGAACUGAUUUUAGAUGGAUGCAGAGUAGAGGUGGAGCUGCACGGGAUUUAGUUUGGUGUAAAUUUUGACCUUUUGUUUAUAAAGGAAAAAUUCUAUUUAUUUAUUUAUCCGGGAACAAUGGAACAUUGGGUGAAAAUGCACUCAAAGAAUGUACUUUUCUUUCUGAUUUACACACAAAAUGUUGUCCUUUUGUGUGUUAAUAACGAUUUACAAUUCGCUAUUAACCGGCAUAGCACUAGUUAAGAUUUUAUAGUAAAAUAAAUGUAUCUGAUUGGUCUAAAUCACAACCUGUACCACUGAUCUGCAAUUAA